AUGGGGAUGGUGUUGGAUCAGCUGUCUGGGAACCACUUGAAGUACUACCCCUUCAAAUCCUUCCCUUCACAUUCCUCGCAGGCCUUCGAUGGUGAUAACGUAGACGACUUCUUGUCACGGUGUUGCUUGUCGGAGGCCUUUGAGGACUUUGCGAAGUCACUGCAAGUGCAUCCGCACCCAGCAGCUUCAAAGCUAACGUUGCUGGGCAGCGACAACUCGCAGGAGAUUCAAGCCGAAGGUCUGUUGGUGGAAUGGGAGGCUGGUAAGCGGAAGGAGCAAAUUGGCCGUGCACGAGCCAACCUGCGGCGCUCGUUGCGACGCGUGCAGCUGCCGGAGAAUGAGCCGGUCAAGGCCGGCAAGGCGGACCUCGAGAGCCUCGCGGAGCGCGUUCCGUGCAAAGUGCAACUUGUGCAGGUUGGCUUCUCCUGUUCUUAUUGCCCAGCAGUACCGAAGACGGGUCCGCACGGGCUCGAUUUCGAAGGUGGUGCAGAUGCUGCAAGGAUUGUGACCAAUGUGCCCUUCGGCAUCGCAUCAGGUGGCAAGCAGGACCCGGUUUCUGGACUUCCAGAGGCAGCAGAGACGUACAGCAGGCUCGGCCGCUUGCUAAGACAGCAACGAGCCGAGUGGCGAGGCCUCGUUGCUUUCGCGGAGAGCUUCCGCAACCACACAGGCCUGGAGUGGAGCAGCGAGCUCCGCUUCCUGAACGGCAGCCGCUGGGUCGACCUUCUGCAGUGGUCUGGCACCGAACGGAGAUUGCGGCGGUAA